UCCUGUGCAGGGGAGAAGCAGAGACUGCCGUGUCCUUGGAUCGGCGAAGGACCUUGUUUCUAACACAAAGAUCGAGCCCUGAAUUUAGGGCCAUGCUUUGCGGAAACAUGCUGGGAUUGCUGACAAAAACGAUGGCUCUGCCGGUCGUUGCGAGGUCCGGCCGGCUGCUGAAGCCGGUGCUGGCGGCGCGGGUUCCGAGCCGCUGCCUGCUCCGCCAGGAGACCCUGCCCAAGUUGCCUGUGCCGCCGCUGCAGCAGACGUGUGAGCGCUACCUGGCCGUGCUGGAGCCCAUCGUCAGCACGGAGGAGCUGCAGCACACGCGGCAGCUGGUGGAGGAGUUCGCGCAGCCGGGCGGCGUCGGGGGGCGGCUGCAGAAGGGGCUGGAGCGCAGGGCGCGCAAGACGGACAACUGGUUGUCUGAGUGGUGGCUGCAGACAGCCUAUCUGGAGUUCCGCAUGCCUGUGGCGGUCUACUCCAGCCCGGGGGUGGUCCUACCCCGUCAAGAGUUCCAGGAUCGUCAGGGCCAGAUGAGAUAUGCUGCUAAGUUGAUCGCAGGGGUGCUGGACUUCAAAUCCAUGAUUGACAGUGACACCCUCCCUUUGGAGUCCCUGGGGGGGAAGUCGCUCUGCAUGAACCAGUACUAUCACGUGCUCUCGUCCUGCCGCGUCCCCGGCACCAAGCGGGACAGUGUGGUCAACUACUCCACUAGCAAGACCCCACCCACACACGUCACCGUGGUGCACAACUUCCAGUUCUUUACUCUGGACGUGUAUAACAGCGAUGGUUCUCCGCUGACCGUGGACCAGAUCUACAUGCAGCUGGAGAAGAUCUGGAACUCUUCCCUGCAGACCAACAAGGAGCCUGUGGGCAUCCUCACCUCGCAGCACCGCAACACCUGGGGCAAGGCCUACGCCAGCCUCAUCAAGGAUAAGACCAACAAGGAGUCAGUAAGGGAGAUCCAGAAGAGCAUCUUCACCGUGUGCCUGGAUGCGCCCAUGCCACGUGUCUCCGACGAGCUCUACCGCAGCCGCGUGGCCAUGCAGAUGCUGCACGGCGGGGGCAGUCGCUGGAACAGCGGCAACCGCUGGUUUGACAAGACCCUGCAGUUUAUAAUUGGAGAAGACGGGUCAUGUGGUCUGAUCUAUGAGCACGCCGCUGCAGAAGGGCCGCCCAUCAUGUCCCUGGUGGACCAUGUGGUUAAUUACACGAAGGAGUCGGAGAUGGUCCGCUCUCCCAUGAUUCCGCUGCCUAUGCCACAGAAACUGCGCUUCAACAUCACACCGGAGAUCAAGAAGGACAUCGAGAAAGCCAAGCAGAACAUGAACAUAAUGGUGCAUGAUCUGGACAUGAAGGUCAUCAUGUUUUCUCACUUUGGGAAAAAUGUUCCCAAGUUACACAAGAUGAGUCCCGACGGCUUCAUCCAGAUGGCGCUACAGCUGGCCUACUUCAGGAUGUACCACAUCUGCUGCUCCACCUACGAGAGCGCAUCGCUGCGCAUGUACAGGCUGGGCCGCACCGACACCAUCCGCUCCACCUCCAUGGACUCGCUGCGGUUUGUGCAGGCCAUGGACGACCCCUCCAAGUCGAAUACAGAGAAGGUGGAGAUGCUGGAGAAGGCUGUACGCGCCCACCGGGCGUACACGGACAUGGCCAUUCACGGUCAGGCCAUCGACAGGCACCUGUUGGGACUGAAACUCCAGGCCAUCGAGGACCUGACCUCCAUGCCAGAGAUGUUCAUGGACACUGCCUACGCGGUGGCUCUGCACUACAACCUCUCCACCAGCCAGGUCCCGGCAAAGACGGACUGCGUGAUGUGCUUUGGCCCCAUGGUCCCUGAUGGCUACGGCGUCUGCUACAACCCCAUGGAAGAGCACAUCAACUUCUCUGUGUCGGCCUUCAACAGCUGCGCAGAGACCAACGCCAACAAGCUGGCGAGCGGCUUAGAGGAGGCACUACUGGACAUGAGGGACUUGCUGGAGCAGACGCCCAAGGCCAGACUCUGAGGGCGGGCGGGCUUGUAGGACUUGCUCCUCUAUCAUCCCAGCAAGCACCUGACAGCAGGGCAGAGGUGGGACGGAUCUUAUCGGCGCCGUUUGCCUUCCUGCUUUACCUGCUUCAGCUGAACAUUUAUAAAACACGGCCAUUUUACAGAUCUUACUGUGUUCAGGAACCAGCAGCCGCUCUCGUCCCGAUUGCUUGAACCUGCAAUCAUUCAUUCAGUCCUUAACCACCACGCCACCUGCUGGCCAAAGCUGUGCAUUACUUUGUGUGUAGUCAUUGGGAGGGUCACCGAGAUGUUACCAUGUUUCCUCCAGUUUAGAUAGUUUUUUUUUCUUUUUCUCCGAAAGGUUAACAUCCAUCCAUCCAUCCAUCCAUUCAUUUUCCAACCCGCUUAUCCUACUGGGUCGCGGGGAAGGUUCUGUUAAAAACAGAAGUGUGGUGUUUCGCUCAGGAAGAUGCCUGUGGUUCGAGCAUCGGUGUUUGUAUGCUGAGUUUUAUUAUUAAGAUCAAUAGCCCCUGUAAAUAUCACGUUUGCACAUUUCACUUUUACGUA